AGAAAAACCCGGGAAUGAGUAAAUGUGUCCAUACUUUUGACUGGUACUGUAUGUCAGUACAUUUUCCCUAAAUGCUGACACAUUUUCUCACAGACAUGCAUGUAUGCACGCGUAAAUACACCCACACACAUACACACAAUGUUAAUAAUCCAUGAUGCAGAGGUAAUAAACAAGAGGAUUAAUAAGGAUUCAUGGGUUAUUUUCAGUUUAAGAGUUCAGCUGUCUCUUUGCAAUGAUCUGCCUCUAAAUAUAACUGUUUUAUUUGAGCAAACUGGAUUCUCCCUCAAAAUCCAAAACGAUGAGGGUAUCAUGAAACAUUGUUUAGAAGUCGCAUUUUAUUACUCGGUUCAUAUUGCCUGCACAGCCUAAUCUGUAUAAAACUGGUCUAAAAAUGAUUAAUCCAUCUACAAAUCAUAAUUGUGAAGCUUUAGGAAACAAUUUCUGUUCUCUCUGUCUCUGCAUGCUUUAUUUUUUUUAAUGAAGAACAAGUUUAUGAUUGCAUUAUGGAUUAAACUAAGCACAGGGCUCACAUGGUCAAGAUUAACCUUUCCGACACAGAACAUGUCAUUUGUAAAAUGGCAGAAUGAUUAUACAAUAGGUUUACUGUUGUGUGCUCUCUUUUCAGACAUUGAAUUUAAAGACAUGGGUGCCCUACCUCCUCUGCCUUGUAGCUCCAUGUGAAGGGGAGGCUUUCUUCUGCCAUAGCAACAUGUGUAUCAACACCAGUUUAGUGUGCAAUGGGAUCAAGAACUGUGUCUACCCCUGGUAUGAGAACAACUGCAAAGAGAAGAGGAAAGCCAGCAUCUUAGACAAUCUUGGCCACACCAAUGUCACAAUCACUAUAGUCACUUGUGGUCUGGUGGUUGUCCUUCUAAUUGUGGCAAGUAUCAUUCAAGUCAAACAGCCACGCAAAAAAUACAUCAUCAGAAGGGAUGACUUUGAGGCCACAUUGUUCUACGAGGACUUUAAACCUCCACAUUACGAACUGUGUACCCUGCGGAGGGCAGCUUCUGCCGAUCACAUGAACUUUGAGAAGUUUAACAAACUCAGAUGAUCUUCGUCCAAAUGCAUCCGUGACCACAACUGCGGCGGUCCUCACUCCCAGGUGUCCAGUGUCAGGGGCAGCCAAAGUAACCUGAAUGUGCAGGACGCAGCCAUCAUAUCAGAUGUGCCUCUCUCCCAGUCCCACCACAACCGACAGCCGCAGGAACAUACUGAUGAUGAAGCACAGUUACUCAAAGGGCGGGCAGGAUGGCUGUGACCAAGGUGACAACGUGGAUGAUUGUCCCACCACCAGCCACCAUGUCCUGAACAUGCUUGCCCCACAACCACAAAAAUGAUCUGUUUCUCUUUGCUUCUUCCAUUUAAAAAAAAAUACAUAUAUAAACGCAACAUGUAAAAUGUUGGUCCCAUGUGUCAUGAGCUGAAAUAAAAGAUCCCAG